AUGGCGCAGGCAAUUGCCACCUCAGAUCACAAGCGCCGCAAGAAUACGAGUACUCUCAUCGACAAAAUAUCUAGCAGAAUCUCCCAAAACUCCCAGAACGACAUCCGCCUCCGCCUCUUCCUUAACCAGUCCCUCCACGAGCCAGCCUGCAAAAAAUGGCGAAACCAAGCCCACGAAAGCAUCUUCUACACCGAAUCCAGCGGUGCUAAGGUCUUGAACGUCCAAGUGCCCUUCUACUUCAAGAGUAUUGUAGACGCAAUGAACAUCGACGUUGCAUCUACGGGGGGCACCGUUGUCACAGUCGCAAGCACCAUGAUCUUCGCAUACGGCGCGACAAGGAUAGGAGCUACCGUCUUCCAGGAGCUUCGGAAUGCCGUAUUUGCGUCUGUGGCCCAGAAAGCCAUUCGGAAGGUGGCCUGCGAUGUCUUCGACCAUCUGUUACGGCUAGAUCUGAGCUUCCAUCUUUCCAAGCAGACUGGCGGUUUGACGAGGGCCAUCGACCGCGGAACGAAGGGCAUCAGCUUCCUUCUGACCAGUAUGGUCUUCCACGUCAUACCGACCGCUCUGGAAAUCACGAUGGUCUGCGGUAUUCUGACGUACCAAUAUGGUGGUUCUUUUGCGGCCAUCACCGCCAUCACUAUGGCGACGUACAGCGCCUUCACAAUCUGGACGACCGCGUGGAGGACCAAGUUUCGAAGGCAGACCAAUGCAGCCGACAAUAAGGCGUCUACUGUAGCUGUCGAUUCGCUCAUCAACUAUGAGGCAGUCAAGUACUUUAACAACGAGAAGUUCGAGAUUGCACGAUACGACAAGGCGCUGCAACAGUAUGAGAAGUCGUCAAUUAAAGUUGCCACGUCUCUCGCCUUCCUCAACUCGGGGCAGAACGUCAUCUUCUCUACUGCCCUCACAGCGAUGAUGUACCUUGGCGCCAACGGCAUAGCUACCGGCAGCCUGACAGUUGGUGACUUGGUCAUGAUCAAUCAGCUUGUAUUCCAGCUGUCAGUGCCGCUCAACUUCCUGGGGUCAGUGUAUCGUGAGCUGAGGCAGAGUCUGUUGGAUAUGGAGACUCUCUUCAACCUUCAAAAAGUCAAUGUCACCAUCACUGAGCCACCCAACGCACGCCCGCUGGCACUCCCCAAGGGUGGUGAGAUCCGUUUUGAGAACGUCACAUUCGGCUAUCAUGCCGACAGACCCAUUCUUCGCAAUCUUAACCUCGUUAUUCCCGCCGGGAAGAAGGUUGCCAUAGUCGGACCUUCCGGGUGCGGAAAAUCGACCUUGCUAAGGUUGCUGUUUAGAUACUAUGACGCGCAGGAAGGCCGCGUGUUGAUCGACGACCAAGACAUUCGGCAGGUCCAGCUGGACAGUUUACGGCGCGCCAUCGGUGUCGUACCGCAAGACACGCCACUCUUCAACGACACCAUUGAGCACAACAUCCGCUAUGGUGACAUCAACGCGCCGGAGGAGCGCAUUGUCGCCGCUGCCAAGCGUGCUCGCAUCCAUGACACGAUCGAGUCCCUGAAAGAUGGCUACAACACCAAGGUUGGCGAACGCGGUCUCAUGAUCUCAGGAGGCGAGAAGCAGCGUCUCGCAGUAUCACGGUUGCUUCUCAAGGAUCCACCUCUGCUAUUUUUCGACGAGGCUACUAGCGCCCUCGACACUCACACGGAGCAGACCUUGAUGCAGAACAUCAACUCCAUCCUCAAGGAGAAGAACCGGACCAGCGUGUUCGUAGCACAUCGGCUGAGGACGAUAUACGAUGCCGACUUGAUCAUUGUGCUGCAGGGUGGGACUGUUGUGGAGAGUGGCACUCAUCGGGAAUUGGUGGACCAAGGAGGAGUGUAUUCUGAGCUUUGGAGUGCGCAAGAAACACUGUUCCAAGAAAAUGGCGAGGAGACAGAGGAAGACAAGGACCAAUCUUCACGGUAA